AACAAAGUUUGACGUGCGGGUCGUGCAACUGUCAAAAAGUGGUGAAAGUGUUACAGAUUUCCAUGAACAAACUGAACUUCGAAAUGUGUUUAAAUUGCAGAAAUACAUAAAAAAGGCAUAAAUUUCCUAAAAAAUGUUCUAUUUACUGAGUUUGUUUAAUGCAUCUAAUGUUUCCUGGCAGUUAACCUAACCUCUAAAAGCAUUCUCGGCACAAUGAGCGAUGAAAAGUGGCAAGAUUUAAAAAAAUAUGCUUGUGGAAAUCACCACAAGCUUGAGGCAAACAUAAAAAAAGGCUCUUCCUCCAUAAUCAGAGUCAAUUUUGCCUAUUUAGCUUUCAGCAACGACGAGGAAACUUUAAUCACAGUCGAUUCAAAAGGAAAUGUUUACUACAUUGAAUUAGGUUACGAAACUCCUUCCUAUCGAAAAUUAGGAUCAAUCGGUUUCUGCACUUUCAUCGCCUUUAAUCCUGUCAAUAAAAAUGAACUUCUCGCAGGACUUAAUUCAUCGGAGGUUAAAGUUUUGAGGUUAGAUUCUCUCAGAAAUUUCUGCCUACUCGUUGGUCACACAAUUCAACCCACUUACGCGUCUUUUUACAAGCAUUAUUGUCUUACAUCCUCUUCUAAGGAAGCUAUAAUAUGGGAUCUAAGAUGCUAUUGUAAAAUUCACCAAUUAAGACUCAAUACAGAACGCAUGUGUCUCAAAAAAGCCUCGUUUUCAAGCCAAGGAUUAAUCGCUGUCCUUUAUCCAAACGAUAUUAUUCAAGCCUGGACUUUCCAACAGUUUGGAAAUGAUUUUAAAGUAAAUACGAAACAUUUCGGAUUCCGCAACGUUAAAGAUUUCGUCUUCACAAAGGAUGGCAGAGCCAUGAUCAUCGCUGGGGUCCAGAACAAAAUUCUUGUUUUUAAUACUCAUGAUUGGAAUUUACUAAAAAGCUUGGAUUUCAAAGAACUCCCUGGAGCAAAGCAACUCGCAAUCGUUCCACAACCACUUGAUGGUGGAGCGAAUAAAGUCGUUGCAAUUUUAUCUUCAGACUGUAAUCUGAAAUUUUUGGAUCUGAUGUCUUCAAGUUUCUUGAAAAAUUGCUGUGGCAUUUUGCAUCGAAUAAAACGAGUCGCGGUUUCCAGUUCGGGGAAAUUCGCAGCUCAUGUGGAUCAAGAAGGGAUUUUAGUUUUGACCAAUUUGGAGAGAAUUGUCAAUGUGAAGAGGAAAGAGAGUGCGAAAGCGAAAGAGUCUAGUAAACUGAGAUCUCAUCUUACAACGGAUCAUUUGCAGUGCAUUAAAGAAAGCGUGAAAGAGGAAUUAAAGUUGGCGAGAUUGUUGCCAAUACUGAAAGAGUUUGGAGAAUACCCUGAAAAGCAUAGAAUGUUAGUUUGGGCGACUGUAUUGCAAUUACCAGCUAAUCGACAAGCUUAUGUUUCUUUGGGGAAUCAACUGUCGGAGAAUGUUAGAGUGGACUUGCUUAAAAAUUAUCCUCUUUCUAAUAAAAGCAAAGCUUCUUUACUGUCCAUAACUCUCGAGAAACUUCUACAAUGGUGUCCUUUUAUGGCGAACAGCACCAUUUUGCCGGGACUGGUGUUUCCAUUUACUGUAGUUUUCCAGAAAGAUCCAGUCCUUGCCUUCGAAGCAGUUCUCUCUGUUCUGGUAAACUACUGCCAAAAGUGGUUUGAAUAUCAUCCUCUUCCGCCUUUGAAUAUCCUGGCGAUUAUUGAAAAUAUUCUUUUGGAAACUGAUCCAAGUCUUCUGAACGUUUUUUGCGAGAGAAAAAUUACUUCCACUGAAUAUGCGUGGCCUCUUCUUCGUACCACUUUGAGUGAAGUACUUUCUGCUGACGAAUGGCUAAUUCUGUGGGACCAUUUGCUCUCCUAUUGCAAGCCAUCGCUUUUGCUGAUGUGUACACUUGCUUAUAGUAUUUGUGCCAGAGAAACCAUAAUUUCGAGUCUCAAAUCUCCUGAGGAAUUUGAAAGAUUUUACAGCACUCAAGGACAUGUUCGAGUUAAGGAUCUAUUGAGAGUAGCACAUCGACUGGAGCAACAAGUUUCUGAUAAAGUUCAUCCUAGUCGUUAUCUUAGAAAUAAAAUGUAUAUACUGCCUUCUGAAGGACCUUAUCUCCAGUUUCUUCAAGACGAAUAUCCAAGAAUAGUUUUAAGUGCAGAUAAUAUGGAAUACCUACAGAGGCUCGAGGAAGAAGAGCAGAGUUUAGAAGAAUCCAGGAUUCAAGGAAUGCGAUUAGCUGAAGAAAGGAGGCUCCGUACUGAAGCUAAAAAUUUCGUAGAACAAGUUCACCGAUCUAGACUUAAAGAAGUCGAAAAGUGUUUAGAAAAACAAGUACGUCACCACCAAUACCAUUUUUCGGAUAUCUCUGGACAAAAUAUCCAACGAGGGUUGAAGGGAAACAAGCAUUCUGGACCUCAAUAUUUUGAAACAGACAAGAGAAAUCGUAGAUCCGAUAUUGAGAUAAGAGAGUCAGAUAAUCAAGAGAAGUGUGAAAGAUUGCGAAAUCAGGUACAACGAUUAGAAUCUGAAGUAUAUAAUUUAUUGGGAAACUUGAAAACAAAUACUUCUAAAAGAAAUGUUUGUAAUAAACAAUUAGAGAAUAGACUGAAUAGAAAUAUAUAAUUAUACAACUAUAGCAAUCAUAAUUAUUUAACAUUAGAUAAAUAACUAGAAACACUUAUUUUUUAAUACUCUGUACAGAAAAGAAAUUUACUGUCGAAUUAUAGGAAAAUGUCAAGAAAAAGAACUAAAAAUUUUAUACUAAUUUUAUGGGAUUAUCACAUAUUUUUGUAAUGCAACACAUUUUGUGAAGUUCUAUAUUAGAGCAGGAGGUAAUUGAAAAUAAAUAUUUUGUACAUAAC